GUGAAGCAACAAACAAAUGCUCGUAAUGAUCCUAGUGCUGAUGUAAGUGACCGUGAAGACAACUAUAGUGACAAUAAUGACAACAAUGAUCAGGCUGAUAAUGAUAGUAAUACAACUGCCACGGAUCUCCCAUUAUCCUUAUCAUUCCGUAAGUUUUUUUAAUUAUUUAUACGUUACUUGAAUACAUUUCUAGUAGCUAUAUGUUUCACUAUUAUUUUUUAAGGUUCCAUGUCAUUUGAUAGCGAACCCAUAGCAUCACAAUCAAGCUCAGGAUCCCAAGUUAGCGCUGCAACUCAAUUACCCGUAAUAAACCAUGCAUUAGAAUUGUUAAAUCAAUCACCGAUUCCAUCGAAGAAAUUGAAUGAUAAUCAAUUUUUGAACAAUAAAAUAAAUCGGGUAUCCGACAGCUUGAAAAAAGUUUUGCUUUCUUCUUCAGAUGAAGAAUCGAUUGAUGACGAUGGUGAAAAUUUUCGCUCUCUAAUUAAAAUGUUGUAUGAUAAAUUCAACGAUAAAGAAACUGAUAAGUCUUUGAAAAUACAAAUUUUAACAUUAUUACCUGUAAAAUGGAGUGAGAGACGUAUUUGUGAAACUAUGAAUACAUCAAGACAUUUGUCAAUAGUAGCAAAAAAUUUGGUUGAAGAAACGGGUUUACUUUCUACACCUGAAUCGAAAUUAGGGAGGACAAUUACUGAUCAGGUAAAAUUAAAAGUUGAAAAUUUUUACAACGAUGAUGAGUAUAGUGCUCAAAUGCCCGGUAUGAAAGACUUUGUAUCAAUUUGA